GUCACUUCACAGGCCUUUCUUCCAUGCACACAAAGUCUAGAAUGCCCAUGUCUCGGCGCACCCCAAUCAUUGUCAACCCUGGCACACCUACACAUCAACGACGAGCUUGUGAUCUCAUUGUACAGGAAGUUUGAGAUGCUGUGGGACUUCCCUGAGUUUGGUAUUGCAACCGACGGUGCUGAUAUCAUUUCGGCACCGGACGGCCAUCUUCCACUCGCAAGUCUCGCGCGCGGUCAGGGGCGCUUCCCUCCCUGCCUUUCCGUGGUUCGGAUCCCCACCGCCAUCCGGUAUUGCGAGGCGGUCAUUAAUCUACUGUGUCGCGACGAUGAGACUCCUCGAGAGCCCUAUUGGCUGGCAAUCGUAACAUACGUUCGGGAGUACGUCGAUGGAACGGAAGCCUUCCACGAGGAAUGCUUGAAGGAUGGCUAUAGACAAUUCUACACGGUCAUGAAACAGGGGGAUCCGCAGAUGUAUCAUCACCUGAAGACGCUUCGCGAUAGUCUGAGCCAGAGUAAUAGGUAAAGUACGGGCGACAAAUACGAC